AUGAUUGAUACAAACACAACACCAAACCAAGAGCCUAGCCUCUGGAGCUUCGUGCUCGCAAUCCUUGGGACAAUAGUUGGACUUACUCUCGUCCUUCUUAUUCUCUAUCGAAUCAUUCAACGCAAACGACGAGAGAUGCUUCGUGAACGCAUCAACUCCGGAGAAGUCGACAUCGAGCAGCUGGCUUUGAAUCAACUUAAGGUCCCGAAAGAAACCGUGGAUAAGAUGCCGAUGUACACCUAUCUGGGCUUCACGGCAGAUCCAGAGGUAGAUGCUCCCAAAACUCCCGUGGAGACGGAGACCACAGAGGUCGACUCGAGCAGCACCACCUCCACGCCAACUUUGACCGAAGGACGGAGAAGCACAGAAAGUGACGGUGGGAUUAGAAAACCCGAACCAGCUGUGCUAAGGCCAGACGCCAAUGACUCAGAUGGCUCAAGUUCGUCGAGGAAUCCCUUCCGGCUGAGCCAUACCCAAACCACCUGCGCCAUCUGCCUUGACGAUUUUAUUGCUGGGACAUCAACAGUUCGGGAACUACCCUGCGGUCAUAUUUUUGACCCUGGAUGCAUUGAUGAAUAUCUCACAGAGACGAGCAGUUUUUGCGACAACGACAACCGACGACCCUGCUCAGCCGACAAGAUGGGUGCCCUCAAGUACGUCGAAGAGAUCCAGAAGAAGAAGCAGUCCGAUGUCAUUCGGUUCUUGCUCCGCGUUCGCUGCUGGGAGCUCCGCCAGCUGAACGCCAUCCACCGUGCUUCGCGCCCCUCCCGCCCCGACAAGGCUCGCCGUCUCGGUUACAAGGCCAAGCAGGGCUACGUCGUCUACCGCAUCCGUGUCCGCCGCGGUGGCCGUAAGCGCACUGCUCGCAAGGGUGCCACCUACGGCAAGCCCACCAACCAGGGUAUCAACCAGCUCAAGUACCAGCGUGCUCUGGCCGCUACCGCUGAGGAGCGUGUUGGCCGCCGCUGCGCCAACUUGCGUGUCCUGAACUCCUACUGGAUCAACCAGGACUCCACCUACAAGUACUUCGAGGUUAUCUGUGUCGACCCCCAGCACAAGGCCAUCCGCCGUGAUGCCCGCAUCAACUGGAUCUGCAACUCCGUCCACAAGCACCGUGAGGCUCGUGGUCUUACCGCUACCGGCAAGAAGUCCCGUGGUAUCAACAAGGGCCACCGCUACAACAACACCAAGGCCGGCCGCCGCCACACCUGGAAGCUCCAGAACACCCAGAGCUACUGGCGUUACCGUUAA